AUCGACUUUAUUAAAUGGUGUCUGUGAUGUGUUUUGGUAUAUUGUUAUGUCACAGAUUUUCUUAGCUAUACGUUUGCAAUUUUCAGCUUAAAGAAUUCUCGUCCUAUGUUGGAAUUUUUAGUUUGUAUAUAACGAUGGAUUUAUACGCUGCUUUGAACUCGUCAAGCAUGACAUAUGAAACUGGAGUGGUUGACUAUGAAGAUUUUCCACAAACUGAAGAACCCGUCUGGCUUUUGGGAAAAAAAUAUAGUACACUAUAUGACUUAGAAGAACUCAGAAGUGACGUUAAGUCAAAAUUAUGGUUUACGUACAGAAAGAAUUUUGCACCAAUUGGUGGUACUGGCCCUACAACAGACACAGGAUGGGGUUGCAUGCUACGAUGUGGACAGAUGGUUCUGGCCCAAGCUUUGAUCAACCAUCAUCUUGGAAGAGAUUGGGUAUGGAAACCAGAAGUUAUUAAUCCAACAUAUGUACAGAUUCUUCAGAUGUUUCAGGAUAAAAAGAACUGUAUCUACUCUAUACAUCAGAUUGCACAGAUGGGCGUGUCAGAAGGUAAAGCUGUAGGACAGUGGUUUGGACCUAACACAGUAGCCCAGGUGCUUAAAAAAUUGUCUGUAUAUGAUGAUUGGACAUCGUUGGCUGUUCAUGUUGCUAUGGAUAAUACUGUGAUAAUUGAUGAUAUUAAAGAUUUGUGCAAAAUGCAAACUACAAGUCAGCAAAUGAACAAAACCUACAACAAUAUCUGUUCAGGCUCAUCAAAAAGUCAACAACAGAUUACAAGUGCAGUGACAACCCUAGAAAAUGGUAUUUAUUUUCAGUGUCCAAAACUCAGCUCUCAGUUGUCCAGUGGACAAGCUCUGUCUUCCUGCAGCAAUAGAUGUUCAAUAUGGAGACCUCUACUUUUAUUUAUACCCCUUAGACUAGGCCUAACUGACAUUAAUCCCUUGUAUAUAAAAGGUUUAAAGACUACAUUUACACUUAAACAAUCUCUAGGAAUCAUAGGAGGACGACCUAACCAUGCUCUUUACUUUAUUGGUGCCAUAGGGAAUGAGGUGGUAUUUUUGGACCCACAUACCACCCAGCCAGCAACUGUCCUAGAUACUGAUUCUCCCAGUGAUGAGAGCUAUCACUGUUGUUAUGCAAGCAGAAUGGAUGUUAGUCAGUUGGACCCUUCCAUUGCAUUGUGUUUCUACUGUAGAAGUGAGGCAGAUUUUGACAACUGGUGUAACCAUGUUUAUAAGCUCUUGAUAGCUAGUGAGAAACAACCAUUGUUUGAACUAAGUAAAGAAAGACCAUCACAUUGGCCAUCUGUUGAAAGUGAGCAAGCCCAGGGAGGAAGUACUAGUCUUGACUUCACAAUACUGGAUGAAGAAAGAAUAUUUGAUACUUCAGAUGAUGAAUUUGAACUACUGGGAUGAUAUUAGCAUGAAAUCAGCACACUGAGAAGAUGUAUUUCAAAUGUAGCAUGGCUCCAUCAAGGUGCUGCAACAUGUACAUCUACACCUAUUGAAAUAACCUUUGAUUCAUCACAGAAAAAAAAAAAGAACAAAACCUAUUAAGAAAUUUCUGUAUCUAAGUGAAACAAAAAAUAUACUAGUGUUGAUCACGAAGUAGGAAGUAUUAAUUGCAAGUAAUUUUAAUUGAGACAUGCAAGUGAACCAUCUUUUGCCAAGCAAAAAAUAGAUAAAAUAUACUUUUGUAGUUUUUUUUAGUCUAUAUAAAAUGUGGUUAUGAUGCAUGACCAUUUACUGAUUGUUGUUACCAGUGGUUUUUUUGUAGGUAUAAACAUAUUUUGUGUAUCAGUAGCAUUAGUGGCCACAAGUCUCCAUGGGUUGUUAUUAUUCAAAGUUAAAGAAAUAUUGGUAAGAAACUUUAUAAUUAGUUUCAUGUUGCUGCUAAAAUAGCAGAAAGCUAUGAUACCCAUGUGGUAAAAAAAAAUAUAUUAACAGUAUCAGUAAAAAAAUGUUAUUGCAUUGUUUAAUGAAACCUGUAAAAGUACUGUAACUGUAUUGGUAAAAAAGGUUAUUGCAUUGUUUAAUGAAACCUGUAAAAGUACUGUAACUGUAUUGGUAAAAAAGGUUAUUGCAUUGUUUAAUGAAACCUGUAAAAGUACUGUAACUGUAUUGGUAAAAAAGGUUAUUGCAUUGUUUAAUGAAACCUGUAAAAGUACUGUAACUGUAUUGGUAAAAAAGUUAUUUCAUUGUUUAAUGAAACCUGUGAAAGUACUGUAACUGUUUUAUGCAAAGGUUUGCUUACCUAAUUAAAACUAUUAAAUCAACCAAAUUGUUAAUACAAAACUAAGAUGUUACUAGUAAGUAGAUUUACAGCAUCUUAGUCAUGUGUGUUAAUGUGUAACUAGAAAUGUUUACACAUGUACAGUUCUUAUUCUUUUCAAUCUUGUUAUUUUACAUUUUUCUAAAUAUGAGAAACAUUCCUGUGACAUUUUAGUAUCAGAUAGGUAAACUAAUCACUGGUGGUUACCUAAGAUAAUUAUACUUUGUAUUCUUAGGUUUUGUUUUCAUUAUUCCUUUCAGGUUUGUAUUUGAUAACUAAUCAGUUAUUCUUUGGGA